AUGAUCCUUUGCGGUCUCAAAGGUAUGGCUGCUUAUGCACACCAUGCUUCUAUGAUCUGCAAGCAUGACAAAGAAAUCUACAACUACGAAGUCAAGGCUUUAGCUCAGAUCUCCAAGAAAGAAGACACCAACAAGUUUACUGAACUCUGUUUAGAAACAGACAGAUACUAG